CGACCACAAUUUCUUUAGAUAUUUUUCCUUUGAUAAAUCAUAAUUCAUAUAAUAAACAACUCAACAACCUUAUUCAAUUAAAGUCUCGCAGAAGCUACAUCCUCCUUCUCCGUGAAUUAAGCGAUUAUAUAAAAAAAAAAAAAAACAAGAAAAACAAUGUCUUCGAAACCUCACAACGCUCCAGAGAAGAAGCAUUCAACUAGCGAGCUUAUGGCGAGCGCAAAAGUGGUAGCAGAGGCAGCUCAUUCAGGUUUCGGGAAAGGAGCUGAUGGGAAGGCUGUAGACAAAGGGAAAGUCGCAGCUGCUGCAGCUGAUCUUCUAGAUGCAGUCGGUCAAUAUGCUAAAUUGGAUGAUCAGAAGGGGUUAGGACAGUAUGUUGAUAAGGCUGCUGAUUAUCUGCAUCACUAUCAUCCUACAUCCACCGCCGCCACCGCUGCCGCCGAUCAUCAUCCACCAACUUCCAAACCAGAUCAUCACAAAAGUGGUAAAUCUGAAGGUGGACAUGGGAUAGGUGAUUUUGCAAAAGCUGCUGGAGGCUUCUUUAAAUGAAAAUAAUUAUCAUUGAAUUAGCUUAAUUGUUUAAUUUGUAUGGAAAUUUUAUUUUACUUUAAUAAUGUUUGAACCAAGAUCUUGCUCUUGUUUGUUUA